UUUACAGCAACGCGUUCCCGAUGUCACUAUAAGGUUCGCUCCAGUUCCUAAUGACACCUGUGCAGCUCACACAUCUCGUGAUCCGAUUAGCUUGUUACUGCAGAUUUCAGGAUUCUCGUAAUGAUUGGUAUCAAAGCGGAACGAAUUGUUCCCGAUCCACACUUGAACUGCCGAAUUUUUAUUAAGUGCGAAUUACAUUUUUCAGAAAUAUAUACACGAUCUAUUGUUUGUUAUUUUUUCUUGUUAGAUCAUAUCAACUUUCGUUACUUUCAAUGAAAAUUAUCAGCCAUUUAUGAUGAAUUUAUAAACCAUUUUUCUUGACGUUGUACCGUUAUCUGCUAAAUGACAAUUUUUCAUGGAUUCGGGUGAGUUCAACGCGUGGCGUGUGUGCGGUGUAUUAUUUGCUUUCACACGUUCCCCAUUCAUGGUAGAGAGAUCCGUAGGAAACUAUGUUUCAGUGACAAUACUCAAUUAUUGUACCUUUAUCAUCGUUGUGUGAUAAAAUAGCAAUUACACCUUCAUGCACAUGAUAUGCGAUUAUAAUUUGAGUAUACACGCGAAAUGGCGUUAUUUUUUUCUUGACAACUGUGGUGCCGCGUUCAGUAGAUUGUUUGCAUUUGGGUUGCUCAACGAUGAGACCACACUUCUUCGAGUGAAGAUGUAUUUCGUAUUCAAGUAUUCAACGAUGAGAAAAAGACAAUUCCCGUUGAAAAAAGAAAAAUUCCGAAUAUUUUCCGAAUCGCGUGUUUUGCGCGGCAACGUUCUUGAAUUCUUCGGAAGCCUGCGCUCAGUCUCGGGUGUUUCCGGAUCACCUGGUCCCUAAGUGGCGUCCGCUAGUUGUGAUCUGUCCACUGAUCUGUCAAACCAUGAUAUAACCUAAAUCUCAUGUCAUUUUCAAUUCCAACAAUCAUUGUAGGCGUAUUCGGCGGUAAAUAAUGUCGUCGGCUCACCUGUCAAGCGGUAAGCUGAACAUCGGAUUGGUAGACGAACAUGCUAGGAAACAAUUACUAUGUUUGUUGGAAAAAUGUGAUGGUACCAAGGUGAUCAUUUGGGACGCAUCCUUGGCAGGACCAAUUGGUUCAGUGGCCCAGUACAAUUUGGUGCAGCAACAUGACGUAGUUAAGAUGUUUCCCUUGGUAGGCGGAAAACUUGAACCUACAACUGUUGAAAAUGUUAUAUUUAUUACCAGACCACACCUGGAUCUCAUGGAUUUAAUUGCUGAAAAUGUGCAUGGUGAAGAAGGCAGGAGACCCCAAAAAAAAUUUUAUCUCUUUUGGGUGCCUCGUAAAAGUCUCAUAUGUGAGAAGAAACUAAAAAAUCGAGGGGUAUUUGGAAGCUUGACAUUUGAUGAAUUUGCGUGUGAUUUAUUUCCAUUUGAUGCUGACUUGGUGUCAAUGGAGCUAAGCGGAGCUUUUAAAGAAUUCUUUUUGGAAAACGAUCCCACUUGCUUGUAUCAAGUUGCACAAGCUAUUCAAAGCUUACAAAGACUAUAUGGAAAAAUUCCUAAAGUUACUGGGCGGGGUCCAGCUGCUAAUAAAGUGUGGGAAUUGAUGAAAAGACUCCAACGGGAGGAGGAGGGUGUCAAGAGUGAUACUGUUCAACCACCACUAAUCGAGCACUUACUGUUAUUAGACAGAUCUGUCGAUCUGCUUUCACCAUUGGUUACACAAUUGACUUAUGAAGGUCUUAUAGAUGAAAUAUUUGGUAUAAACAAUAAUACUGUCCAGUUGCCAGCUAAAGAAUUCCAUGAUGCUAAUGACUCACCUACCGUAAUGUCUCUUGACAAAGUUGAACGGAUUAUUCUGAACUCUGGGGAAGAACUUUAUGCUGAGAUUAGAGAUAAAAAUUUCAACGGUGUUGGCCCAAUACUAAGUCGUAAGGCAAAAAUCAUAUCAUCACAAUUUGAUGAACGACAUGGUGACAAAAGUGUCCAAGAAAUCAAACAGUUUGUUGCAAAGCUACCGCACAUGUUGGCAACAAAGCAAUCACUUGCAAGACAUACAACGAUAGCGGAAAUGAUUAAAGAAGUGACAGAUUCAAGUAACUUUCUUGAGUCACUGCAGAUCGAACAAGAAUUACUGAAUUGUAUUGAUACAGACAAGCCAAAUUCACACAUUGAAGAUAUGAUAGCCCAGCAACAACCACUGCUGAAAGUGUUGAGGCUCCUUUGCAUCCAGUCGCUCACAAACUCGGGUCUAAAGCCAAAGUUACUCGAUUACUACAAAAAAGAGAUAGUGCAGACUUAUGGGUAUCAGCACUUACCCUCAUUGAUAAAUCUAGAAAAGGCUGGACUCCUUCGACCCCAACAGCCUUUCAGGCAGUAUUCUGUACUCAGAAAAGCUUUGCGACUAACUGUUGAGGAUGAGAGUGAAGUGGCUCCAAAAGAUAUCAGUUACGUUCAUUCUGUGUAUGCUCCACUGAGCAUCAGACUAGCUGAACAAUUGGUACAACCAACAGGAUGGCAGGGACUUAAUGACGUACUUGGAUUGUUACCUGGUCCUACCAUCAACAGCAGUCCCAAUGUCUCAAAUUCUGCUUCAGGAAGAAGAAAUUCAAUAACCAGUGAAGAUUCAAAUUCAGAACCACCAAGGUUGGUCCUUGUAUUUUUUAUUGGAGGGUGUACCUUUGCUGAAAUAUCUGCACUGAGAUUUUUAUCACAAAAAGAGGAUUCUAAUGUGGAAUUCGUAGUAGGAACAACAAAAUUGAUAAAUGGAAAUUCUUUCAUCACUUCGUUAAUGGAAGACUUGGAGAGUAACUGAAUUUUUGUUAUCACAUAGCAGAAGAGAAAUUCUGAAUGGGAUAUUUCAGCUCGUUGUGAGUUCAUUCUUCCCAUAAACUCAUGUUUUCUAUUGUAUAACUGCAUCAGACAUUGUGUUUAAGGUCGUUCUUAUCAAAUCUACUAAAAUUUCGUUCUUAAUAAAAAUUGUUCUUAUAUCUCCAUAA